AGAUGGAAGGGUUUAAUAGAUGACUUGCUCUUUCUCCUUGAAGAGGAGCUAUGUGAUGUGAAUUUGUGUGCUCUGCAUUGUGAGCUCAGAAACACUGAGCAAUUGUUAAUUUCACUUGGGAUGUUUGCUUAUGACUGUGGAAGCCUCAAGGACUGCAAUUAUGCUCUCUCUGAGUAUGGUCCUGACAGUAUGAAGGGGAGAGACAGGAUUGUGGUCAAGACCAAACCAGGGCAGGAAAGUGCUAUUGAGAGGCACAACUUUCAAGUAAUAUCAUUUUCAGGUACACAGUUCUCUAUCUGUUUUAAGGAGUUAACAGAUGACCAAUAAGUAAUGAAUUGAAGUUAUUCAGUCUGGGAUUUAGUGUACUUUUUUUCAAUCAUAGACAUUCUCUGUUUCAUUUUUUACUAUACCAUCAAUCUUAUCCUCAAUCAAAAACUUUGGUUACUAAUCAAGUAAUUACCUAUGUUGACAAUGUGCAACCAAAAAAAACAGAUAAAAUAGGUUUGAACAAUAAAUUUAACAUAAUAUUCUUAACUUUCCCAGGGUCAACUGAACGCCGGUUCCUGGAGAACAUUGAUGAGAUUGUUACGCGAUCACUACCCAAGGAAACUCUUAAGUCCUUUUUCCAGAACAAAGAUGUUGCAGAGACAUACCUGUUAAAUCAGGUUACAUUUUGUGAAGAAAUGGUUCAGGUGCACUCAAGUUGCUGA